AUGCUCCAAGUGCUCCAAGGCACAUCAUGCUUCAAGGCACACCAUGCUCCAAGUGCUCCAAGGCACACCAUGCUCCAAGUUCUCCAAGGUACACCAAGCUCCAAGUGCUCCAAGGCACACUAUGCUCCAAGGCACAUCAUGCUCCAAGGCACAUCAAGCUCCAAGGCACACCAUGCUCCAAGUGCUCCAAGUCACACCAUGCUCCAAGUGCUUCAAGGCACAUCAUGCUCCAAGGCACACCAUGCUCCAAGUGCUCCAAGGCACAUCAUGCUCCAAGUGGUCCAAGGCACACUAUGCUCCAAGUGCUCCAAGGCACACCAUGCUCCAAGGCACACUAUGCUCCAAGGCGCUAUGCUCCAAGGCACACCAUGCUCCAAGUGCUCCAAGUCACAUCAUGCUCCAAGGCACACCAUGCUCCAAGUACUCCAAGGCACACCAUGCUCCAAGUGCUCCAAGGAACACAAUGCUCCAAGUGGUCCAAGGCACCCCAUGCUCCAAGGUGCUAUGCUCCAAGAUACUCCAUUCUCUAAGUGCUCCAAGGCACAAAAUGCUCCAAGUGCUCCAAGGCACACCAUGCUCCAAGUGUUCCAAGGCACAUCAUGCUCCAAGGCACACCAUGCUCCAAGGCACAUCAUGCUCCAAGUGCUUCAAGGUACACCAUGCUCCAAGGAACAUCAUGCUCCAAGUGCUCCAAGGCACACCAUGCUCCAAGUGUUCCAAAGCACACCAUGCUCCAAGUGCUCCAAGGCACACCAUGCUCCAAGGCGCUAUUUUCCAAGUGCUCUAAGGCACACCAUGCUCCAAGGCACACCAUGCUCCAAGUGCUCCAACACAUCAUGCUCCAAGUGCUCCAAGGUACACCAUGCUCCAAGUGCUCUAAGGUACACAAUGCUCAAAGGUACACCAUGCUCCAAGGUAAACCAUGCUCCAAGUUCUCCAAGGCACACCAUGCUCCAAAGCACAUCAUGCUCCAAGUGCUCCAAGGCACACCAUGCUCCAAGGCACGCCAUGCUCCAAGGUACACCAUGCUCCAAGGGCUCCAAGGUACAUCAUGCUCCAAGGCACACCAUGCUCCAAGUUCUCCAAGGCACAACAUGCUCCAAGGCACAUCAUGCUCCAAGUGCUAAAAGGUACACCAUGCUCCAAGUGUUCCAAGGUACAUCAUGCUCCAAGUGCUCCAAAGCACACCAUGCUCCAAGGCACACCAUGCUCCAAGGCACACCAUACUCCAAGUUCUCCAAGGCACAACAUGCUCCAAGGCACAUCAUGCUCCAAGUGCUAAAAGGUACACCAUGCUCCAAGUGUUCCAAGAUGUGGCAGCAAAUUCACAAGGCCAAAGGAAAUAAAACACCAAAAGCCCCACACCCUAAGGAUCCACAUCAGGAAGCCGAACUAUUGGUAACCAAAUUUGCAGAAAGAGCAGCCAGCAAUCAGCUUCCAUCAGAUGCAUUAGCAGUGCAGACAGGAUCAAAGGAAGAAUUCGGGCACAGAAUCCUAACAGCAUGUGUAGAAGUACCUGACACUAAUAUCCCUUUCACAUUGGAUGUGCUCAAUCGGGCUAAAAAAAAUCCAAAGAUACAUCCCCCAAAGCCUACAAAAUAA